UAAUCCGCGUGAAUUCCCGUUUCAACGGCUGAGAUCACUGGUGCGGUGCUUUCUGGCUUCUGCUACAACGAACGAACAAGCUCCUCUUUCUUCCUUGUUUUUCCAAUUAUUAGUUUUCACGCAAAAAAAUCUUGUAAAAUUCGUAAUUUUCGGGAAAAAUUUUCUGCUGCACCUUCUAAUCAUGGCAGUCAUGGAAGAAGAGAUGGAAAUUUUUGAGAACGAGGUGAAAAUUAAGGAUUUGACUGGAGAAGAAGACACUGAAGACGAGAGUGUAGUGAAGAACACUGUAGAAGAGGAGGAGGAUGAGGAGGAAGAAGAAGACAGUGACGAUGAUGACAACGAUGAAGACGAAUUCGAAGACGACGACGAUGACGACGACGGCGGCGAUGGAGAAGAAGAGGAUGAGGAUGAGGAAGAUGCGCAGGUCUUGCAGUCUGCAGGUGGCCCAGCAAUUCAGUCGGUCGACGAUGAGGAUGAGGACGAUGAUGGAGAAGGCGGUGAUGGUGACGACGAUGACGAUGACGGGGAGGGAGACGACGACGACGACGACGACGAUGACGACGACGAGGAGGAUGGCGAUGAAGAGGAGGAUAUGCCUACAGAAUACCUUGUGAGGCCGGUUGCUCGACCUGAAGAUGAAGAAGAUGCCAGUGAUUUCGAACCAGAAGAAAAUGGUGAGGAUGAAGAUAUAGAUGAAGAGGAUGAAGAUGGUGAUGAUGGUUCUGGCAAGGUCGAAGCCCCACCAAAGAGGAAGAGGUCGGGGAAAGAUGAUUCUGAUGACGAUGAUGGUGGAGAGGAUGAUGAGAGACCAUCCAAGCGAUAGGGCUUGGCAACCCUUCUUGGUUGAGGACUGACCAAUUGACAUAUAGGUCAAUAUCUCUCUCACCCAUCUCUUAUUAGAAAGAAGAGUAGAUGCUCCGUGUAUUAUGAUGAUGCUGAACUAUUUACUUUAGUCUAUCGUAACAUAGUAUGUCUUGUCUCUGUUAUUUGCGUAGUUGUGAUAGGCUUUGGAGAGACUAUUUGAAACAAGUGGUUUAGAAUCUGUGUAAGCUUAUGAUCUUUUAGACUAAAUGUAUACUUAUUUAUUUUAUUUUAUUUUUAUUUCAAGUGCUUUGA